CGCGGCUCAGUUCUAGCUCACCCAGCCGCCCGGGCAGGAGGAAGGCCAGAGGAGCCGCUGUCCCGCGCCACCCUCGCGCUCCCUGGACCUGCCCAGCGGCCACUUCCUGUCGCUCGUCCUCUAGAGUGAGGAGAGCACAGCGGGUGUCAGAGCCCAGGGCUAGGGAGGGUGACGCGCAUGGCCUCGGCGGGCGCGCGGCGGCUCCCGGUUGGGACGCGCGCAGCGGCCCAGCGCUGCUGCGGCCUCCCGCUCCGCCCGGGCGCGCGCCCGGCCCCGCCCCCGGGCCCUCCACGACUGCGGCGACCAAUGAGAUUUCUGAUUUCCGGCAGCCUCCUCUUGCCCCGGGCUGCCCAAGUCUUGGCGGCUGAGGCUGGCUUACCUCCCAGCCGUUCCUUCAUGGGCUUUGCUGCCCCCUUCACCAACAAGAGAAAGGCUUACUCCGAGCGUAGGAUCAUGGGGUACUCAAUGCAGGAGAUGUUCGAGGUGGUAUCCAACGUCCACGAGUACUGCGAGUUUGUGCCCUGGUGUAAGAAGUCUUUGGUGGUAUCCAGCCGCAAAGGUCACCUGAAGGCCCAGUUGGAGGUUGGCUUUCCACCUGUGGUGGAACGUUACACAUCUGCUGUUUCCAUGGUCAAACCUCACAUGGUCAAGGCUGUUUGCACUGAUGGCAAGCUCUUCAAUCACUUAGAGACCAUAUGGCGAUUCAGCCCUGGUAUUCCUGCCUAUCCCCGAACUUGCACUGUGGACUUUUCGAUUUCCUUUGAAUUUCGUUCUCUGCUGCACUCCCAGCUGGCCACCAUCUUUUUUGAUGAGGUUGUCAAACAGAAUGUUGCUGCCUUCGAGCGCCGGGCAGCCACCAAGUUUGGUCCAGAAACAGCCAUCCCCCGUGAACUAAUGUUCCAUGAGGUGCAUCAGACUUGAGGCAAAAAAUUGUUCCUUAGCUUCUCCUCUACUCUCUCUCCACCCAGUUCUCAUUUGGCUCCUCCUGCUCUAAUCUGAGAGAAGAGUCCGUGUUCAAAUUACUGUUUUCCCUCUCAAUUCUCCAGAAAUGGGGCUCUAAGCUGGUUGGAAAAGCUGGGUGGGGGGGAAAGGCAAGGGGAUAUGGAAAGGACACAUGCUUAGGAAAUGGUCAGGCUCAUCUUGAGAGCCCUAUACGCCUGAUGCCUACAGCCUUCGCACAGGGAAUUAUAAUUAGGACUGUGUGGUUUUCUCUGAGCCCUGUCAAGGUACCUGUUUCUAACCAGGGAAAAUAGCAACUUCUUUUUCCUUUAAAAAAACAACACCCUCCCCCCCAUUUUUAUUUAUUGACUUUCUUAAAGAGAGGGAGAAAUAUCAGUUUGUUGUUCCACUUAAUUAUGCAUUCAUUGGUUGAUUCUUCUGUGUCCUCAGCAGUGAUCGAACCUGAAACCCUGGCCUAUGGGGACAAUGACACUAACCAACUGAGUUACCCAGCCAGUCUUGCCUUUUUUUAAAUUUCUAAAAAAUUUACUGAUCUUAGAGAGAGGAAAGGAGAGAGAGAGAAACAAAGAUUUGUUGUUCCACCCAUUUACACAUUAAUUGUUUGACUCUUGCACGUGUCCUGACCAGGGAUCGAACAUGGAACCUUUGGCAUAUCAGGGUGAUACUUUAACCAACCGAACCGCCUAUCCAGGGUACAACUUUUCUUAAGGAUUGAAUAAAUCAAAACUUUCCCUCUUA